UUGUCUUAGCUUUUUAAUAUCUCAAAUUUUAUUUGAAAAAUAUUUUUUAGCAAUUUUUAAUAAUUUAAACAAAACUUCUUUUGAAAUGGCUGGUGUUGCUUUACGUCGAUUAAUGACAGAAUAUAGACAAUUAGUUCAAAACCCAACAGAAGGAAUUGUAGCCGGACCAAAGGAUGAGGAAAACUUUUUUGAAUGGCAUUGCCUAAUUGCUGGGCCAGUAGGGACUUGUUUUGAACAUGGACUGUUUCCUGCAAAGCUGACAUUUUCUGAGGACUAUCCACUAAGCCCGCCAAAGAUGCAAUUUUUGUGUGAUAUCUUCCAUCCAAAUAUUUAUCCAGAUGGGAGGGUUUGUAUAAGUAUUUUGCACACUCCUGGAGAUGACCCGACAGGAUAUGAGACUUCUGCAGAGCGAUGGUCUCCAGUCCAAUCAGUCGAAAAAAUAUUAAUUUCUGUUGUUUCUAUGCUUGCUGAACCAAACGAUGAGAGCGCCGCAAAUGUGAAUGCAGCAAAAAUGUGGAGAGAAGAUAGGGAACAAUUCGAGUUAACGGCUAAUAAAUUGGUGAGAAGUACACUUGGCUUCCCUAUUAAUCAACAACAACAAAAGGUUCUGGAAGCGUCAAUAUCUUCGUAA